AUGACGUCUGCCGUCGACUCUCCGCAGUCGAGUCUCUGGUUUGUCGUCCCGGGACCCAUUCGAAACCUGUUCAACCACUUCCCCCUUCACGUAUACAGCCCCGAAGGCCUUCCCGCAAGGUCCCCCACCAGCGUGCGCCAACGACCGGCCCUAUAUGUUUUUGUGGCAGAUGAGGAUGCUUUGACAGGGAAGCCGAGCUAUAAUCCUUCAUGUCUGAAGUGGCAGACGGUGUUGAGAAUCGCUGGUAUUGACUUCGAUAUCGUACCUUCGAAUAACCACGCUUCGCCCUCAGGCGCACUGCCCUUUCUCCUACCACCGGCGUCGCAAGUUUCGAAACCCCUUACUGGCGAGAAGAUUCACAAAUACGUGUGCGAGCACGCUGUCCAUGAGCUAUCAAGCGCCACAUCACCCCGCCUUGAAGCCUACCAAGCUCUCCUGACACAAAAUAUCCGACCAGCUUGGCUAUAUGUUCUCUACCUCCUGCCCGCCAAUGCCCCUCUCCUCAAAAGCCUCUACCUUCCUUCCUCUAUGCUCCUUCGUACGCCUCUCCACCAGACACUCCACGCCGCGGCCACUUCCGAAAUACUCAAGACAACACGACGCGCGACAAUCUCGCCGUCGCAACUUCUAGUUGACGCCACAACUGCCCUGCGAGCACUAUCAUCCCUACUAGGACAGGAUAAAUGGUUCUUUGGUGCUAAUGGGCCAGGCUUGUUUGAUGCAGACGUGUUUGCAUACACCUAUCUGAUAGAUGAAAACUCUCUUGCUUGGCAUGAUAAGUCAUUGAGUCAGUGCUUGGGAGGACUGGAUAAUUUGAAGAGGCACAAGGAACGGCUAUACAAAAAGUGCUGGGGGGUGGACACAGUGUGA